AUGUCAACUUCCUCGCCGUCGGAUAACGGAACUCAACCCGGAUCCAUCCCCGGCGAUUUUCCUCCCGAUCCGCUUCUCUCCACCGGUUCCUUCAUCUCCUCGACCACCACCGCCGGUGACGAUACUCUAGACAGUAGUGCGAAGCGGCGACCAGUUCAUGGAGGAAGCGGAGUAAUUGGUUCGGGAGAGAGCGUACGCUUCGGAAUGUCGUCGAACGGUAAGGAUCCGGAAUCGAAGUCGCGUAAGCGUGCGGCGCCAGGAGACAAUUGGCUUCCUCCUGGUUGGACAGUUGAAGAUAAGGUUCGAACCUCCGGUGCUACAGCUGGCUCGGUCGAUAAGUACUAUCACGAACCAAUCACAGGGCGUAAGUUUCGGUCGAGGACUGAGAAUUUUGACGGCCAUGGAAGCAGCAAUAAAUCCAGCAGAAAAGCUAGAGAGCCGCCGCCACCGUCGCCUCCACCACCGCCGUUGAAUUUUGAUUUUGAGAAUCCACCGGAGAAGGUAAGCUGGUCUAUGGCAAACGCGGGAGAUGAAGCUUGGACACCUUUUAUUGGGGACGACAAGGUUCAGGAUUCGGUGAGACGAGAUUGGUGCACUGCGUUUACCGCUGUCACGACUCAAAACCCAAGUAAACUGUCUUAG